GACCUGGCGAAGACUGCACGAACUACACACAAAGUCACUUCAGUUUUCAAUACAACUAUAGUAUGUUUGAGGUUGUCUCCGAUACAGCAUACAAAGUUCUAGCGAGUCCUCAGCAACAGUCAGAAUCAAAUCGUAUACAUUUAAUCCAAAACCAUUAGAUUUGCACUGAAAAAAAAUCAUCUUUAAUAUGUGUUAAGUUGUAAACUGUCUACACGCCUUUAAAUUCCUUCAACGUUUCAGUUGAAAUCGAACCACCGCGAAAAUGACGUUCCACCGCCAUUUGAUUGCCAUCCAAUCUUCGCUGUCUAAGCAGACCGGCUGUUCGUCCAAAAUAGUGAGUUACUGGCUGGCCAGCAGCUUUCUAAUAACAAUCAUCUUCCUCUAUUAUUUGCUGCUGGCUUUCUGGGAUAACAAUAAACUGCUCUUUCGUCAAAACCAGCAGGUCGUACCAGCAAUUGUAAAUAUAUCCGGCCUGUCAGCUCCAUGCCAGCGUAAGAUUCUCAUUCUCUACUGGACGAAAUAUUUUACAUCCGUCGAUUUCGAAUACGGGCUCGGACGGACGCCAUUUGCCACCUGCGAUGAUAACCGAAUUGUUUGUCUGACGACGAUGGAUCGAGGCUUAGUCAACGAAAGCGACGCCGUCAUCUUCCACGCUCGCGACCUGAGGGAAAACGACUUACCUCCGCCCGGAUGGAGACUUCCGCACCAGCAUUUCGUCUUCUUCAAUCACGAAUCGCCAGCGCACACCGAUCUGGACCUGUUGCGGCGUCCGGUGUUCCGGAAUUACUUCAACAGGACAAUGACUUACCGGCGGGACUCGGAUAUCGUCAGUCUCCAUCCGUACGGUCGACUCAAAUGCGUCGAUCCAUCGCCAUCCUGUUUGGAUUUCCCUCGAUUGAACGACCCGCCGGAUGCUGAAGAAACUUCCGCAUCACUUCCAUUUGAAAUUGAUCUGAAAAUGAAGAAUAAAACGGUGGCCUGGAUGGUAUCCAAUUGCAAGACGGACAGCCGGCGUGAAUCGUUGGUCAGUCAUCUCUCACUUUUGAUUCCGGUUGAUGUUUACGGAUUCUGCGGGAACCGAAGUAACCAGUGUCCCAGUCGAGCCGAUUGCGAUCGAUUUCUCGGUCAGAAUUAUCGAUUCUAUCUGAGUUUCGAGAAUUCUUUGUGUCCGGAUUACAUCACGGAGAAGUUGUACCGACCCUUGGCCCACGGAGCGGUGCCGGUGGUUUACGGCGGAUCGGAUUAUUCGUUUUACCUUCCGGCCGGAUCGUAUGUGAAUGUCAGGGAUUUCGACAGCCCGCAGAGUCUGGCAGAGCAUCUGGAGAAACUGAUGUCGGAUGACGAACUUUAUUUGAGUUACUUCCGCUGGCGGAAUCGAUUUACUGUCGAUCCGAAACCCGUCGACGGAAUGUGCCAAUUGUGUCGGUUGUUAAGCGACAAGAAAACGGAAGAGAAAAUUUAUCCCGACAUUGCCGAAUGGUGGCAAGGAGGCAACCACACCUGCCUGACACCACCUCCAUCUCUUGUUUAAUCUUCUCACUGUCUACGUGUUACCUUAUUAACUGUUACAACAUGUGGUUGCGCAAACUUAUUUAUUGUUAUUAACUGGGUAGAGAGACAGCUAAAAUUUAAUCUCUACAUUUCCCACAGAAAAGUGCAUAAUAAAUUGAAUGUUUUAUUCAUUUAGACGAUAAGAAUAUAAUGUUGAAACAGUUGAUGGGAGAUUUAGUUUCUUAUUUCUGAAUGUGAACGAUGAGCCAUGUAGAUACUAUACCAUGAAAUUUAAAAAUAAUUUCCUCAACGACAAAAUCUUAAAGAUAACCAUCGCCUGACAACAAUCUAAGACCUGGUUGGCAUUGAAAAAUUGAAUCGCGCAUAUCAUUUUUGUUUUUUACUUUGACGAUCAAUUCUUGGGGACCAUUUUACUUGAUGCACGGGCAAGUUGCUUCACAAGUUCUUUGUUUUUUUUUUUAAUUAAUUCAAGGGCAAAAAAAGAAUGCGCAUACAGAAAAGGUAUAAAGUUUUAUGGGUUUAACGUAUAAGAGAUGCAGGAAGAAUUUCAGCAUCGCCAACAAAUAUUUUAUUGCGGACUUUUGGCCAUUUUAGACCGCGGACCAGUGCCUAAAUAAUAGGCUAAUAUGGACUUCUUCAGUUCUUUUAUGUGUAACCGUCGCUUGGAUAAUGACAAAUUAUACGAGGAUUCCGUUUCCGUCAGUCUCGAUUCGAACAGCAGUGAGCGAUGUUCAUCAUUUCAUACCGUAUGUCAAGAUGCUCCUUCUCUUCGGCUAGCCAUUUUCCAUCAUGUUUAAUGGUGUAAUCCCCUUCUUGACGAACGAAUCUAAUUUUUAUUAUUUACAGGAGCAAAUAAAUUGGCAGUCAUCCAAUUCGUCUGCAAAUUUUUUAUAUAAUUAUUCUCCUUUAGGAAUUGUAAAAGCUGCAGGCAAAUUUAUUAUUCAUUUCUUACAGCUGCUUAGACACUUGCUUGGUUGUAAUGUUGCCCGAAAGCCAACCAAGGGGAAACGCACGCUAGAGGAGAAAGACCUUGAAAAAGGGAAGGUUGUAACACAAAAAUCUCAACGAAAACCUGCCGUUGCCACCAGAGGUAUCAGUCUUCAGCCGACCGCCGAGUCACGAUGAGAUCUCGCCUCGGUCCCGGCUCGCCUUCCUGUUCGUCCCGCGGAACGAUCGAGGCUUCAGCCACUUCGCUGUUAACGCGACUCGUCCGUCCGAGAACUCUCAUUUUUCUAUCCCUACUCGUCAUUGGCGGCUACAUUUUCACAGUCAGCAGUCAUAACAGCAGCCGGACUAUCAACGACCAUCAUAUUAAUCAACUUGAAGAAAUUGUUGAGACUAAACCAUCGCCUCCGAAUAAGGUCAUCUUGUUCUGGACGCCUUAUUACAAUAACUCGGACUACACCGUGGGAUUCGGUCACGAUCCUUUCGUGAAAAACGGCUGCCAGUUCACCAAUUGCAUCACGACGGCCGAUCGAAAUUCACUGGACAAGAGCGACGCCGUCAUCUUUCACGCCUUCCAGGUCAACAGUCGAGAUCUUCCGGCUCAGCGGCAUCCGCGCCAGCGUUUCGUUUUCUUCCUGUACGAGACGAUUCCCAACACGUCCAUCCCCUGCGUCGGAAAAUGCCUUCCGGAGAGGCAGUACCUUCCGCAUUAUUUCAACUGGACCAUGACGCACCGGAGGGACUCGGAUGUUUACGUGGCCGAGCAAUACGGCGCCAUCACUCCCAAACUUUCGACAUUUCCCGCCCAGCUGCCGGAUGAAUUGCCGCCGGGCACUCUUCCGGCCAAUCCGGCGGAAUUGCUCAACCGGAAAUAUCCGCAAUUGGCCAACAAGACCAAAAUGGUGGCCUGGUUCGCCUCCCACUGCCCGACUCACAGCCAGCGCGAGGAUUACGUCCAGGAAUUGGCCAAAUUCGUCCAGGUGGACAUUUACGGCAAAUGCGGAACGAUGGAGUGCCUUCCGCGCAACAGCUACCGCUGCGAGAAUCUGCUGGACAAUUACAAAUUCUACCUGGCAGCCGAGAAUUCCCUGUGUCCGGACUACGUCUCGGAGAAAUUCUACCGGGCCCUGGGUCAGAACAUCGUCCCCAUCGUCUACGGCGGUGCGGAUUACGCGGAAUACGCCCCGCCCCACUCGUUCAUCAACAUCGCCGAUUUCAAAUCGCCCCAGGACUUGGCCGCCUACCUGAAACUGCUCGACAGCCACGACGCCCUCUACCUGGAAUUUUUCCGCUGGAAGAAACACUACGAGGUCGUCCGGAAGCCGAAAAAGGGCUGGUGCGAUUUGUGCGCCAAACUCAACGAUCCGCAAUUGGAAACGGUCACGAAAAGCUACGCCGACGUGGCCCAUUGGUGGAUCCGCAAGUUGCCCUGUUAUCCAGGGUCGUCUUUCCUGAUGAGCCACACCUAACUGAGAUGCCAUCAUCAGCUGGGGUUACAAAAUAAAACUGGUUUUUAUAAAAAUAGAUCCGUCGUGAUAAAAUUCGUUUUCGUCUGUUUGGAGAAUUUCGCAAUUUUUCUUUUUUUUUUGCCUUACCUUUUCGGGAGUCACGAACGAACCAUCGGUCAUUUUUUUAUGUUGUAACCAACAGACAGCUCAUCUACAUGCAGGUUUUUUUAACGCGUUAAUUUAUUUUUAGAUUUGUUGUGUGUACCUUUGGUGUAAAGGUCAAAAUAAAAAAGUGAAAACGUU